GAUACAAAAACAACUAUAUAUAGAAUAGCAAGGAGAGAAGAAGAGAGAAACUAAACAUCCGUAAAAUAAGGAGAGGAAGUUGGAUAAAUUUAACAACUGGCCGUGACAGGUGGCAACUCCAGAUUAUUCUUCAACAGCAAAACGGGGACUAGGGAACUUGCGUACAAGAUCAAUUCAUGGCCUUGGAGGAGGGCGGAGACGGACUACAACAACGCAAUUAUCUGGCUUGCACGACCUUGCCUACGGUUUACUACCUCUUUUCCUUCGUUUACUUGGUUCUGUUUGCUCUCUGGGUUCGUGUGUUGUACGCGAACAUGGCAUAUGCUUCUAGGAUUCAUUAUCUUAUGCUUGUUGUGGUGUUUUUGACUGCAUUGAACAUGUUUUGUGAGGGUGAGGAUAAGACGAGUGUCAUGCGGACUGCUAUUUUUGUCCAAAUGUUUCUUUCCCUUGACAUUCUCUCGAUUGUUGUGGCGGGAGUGGAGGGUCUUGCAGUGGUAUUCUAUGUGUACGCAGCUCGUAAGUUCAUCCCUCAGCCACAGGAGCACUGCUUAGUUGAUGAAGAAGUGGAAGCCGCGGCUAGAGAAGAAUUGGCUCUCUGUUUGUCAGGGGAAGGCAUGGAAACAAUCUUGGUUUUGCCUUAAAAACCAAGAAAUGGGUAGACUGCCUUGAAGCUUCAAAAUGGGAGCAGUCUUAGAAAGUUGUUUUCUUUCCAGUUUUCAUGCAACAGUUUCCAAAAAAGCAAGAGUGGUUAG